AAGGAUCCUGUCUCCAUGGCAACCGCAGUGCACUCCCAGAAGACGGCGGCGGCAGAGGGUCAUACUUCAACCGCUCCCACAAAAGGCGACAAGGCCGCAGCGUGGCGAGGACCCUUUAAGGGGCCACGUGACGUGAUACCACAUCCCUCUUUUCCUGUCCCUGUCCUCCAUAUUCUCCGCAGAUUUUCGCUGGGGAAGAUGUUCCUGCUGCUGCGGAAACCAAAGGCGGCUGCUACCGGAGACUCCCCUACAGGCAGCCCCCCGCCCGCGUCUCUUUUUACCUCCUCGAUUUCGAGGAGGGGGAGGCAGCGUCAUCUGCAGAAUCCUGAGCCGCCAGGGGCUGCUGCUGCUGCUGCUGCUGCUGCCACACUUCGCAUCGUAAGGGCCCGACCCCCCCAUCCUGGCCCGGGCACCCCCUUCCCCUAUUCUACUCACGACCCCCAUAUUCUGCCAGGGCCUUGCCCCAUCCACCCCCGACCUCCUGGUGGGGCCCAGCUCCGAGAAGGCCCUAGCGCCCUCGGAGCUUCCGGGGCUGCUGCAGCCGGGGGGGGGCGAGGGAGGGGUGACUCCUCUCGGGGGCGCCCGUCUCCUGGAAGGCCUCUGGAAGGUCCCACGGUCCCUUGAGCCGUCGCAGCCGUCACGCCACUCCAUUGGGCCUUUGUUCACCGCCCUCCCCACCACCAAGCCCGCAGCAUGGUUGCUCCCGCUCCUGAAAGCCGGCUCCUGUGCCCCAGCUCUCCAUCACAAAAGCUCCGCAGCCACACCCAGCCCCCGCUUUUGCUCUUCCCCGGACCCAGCCUUGGAGAUCGUUCCCUGCUGUUCAUUAGGACAUACUCUGUACCUGGAGGAUUUCACCUCGGUGGCCAGCCAGCCAGAGCCUUCUCUAACAUGGAGAACCCCUGCCCCUCCCUGGCACCGUCUGCCAGGAUCUGGUGUGCAGCUGCCACCUUGACCUAGAAAUUGAGAGCUGGUUCUCUCCCGUGUGGGCCAGGCCAUUCUGAGAGAGUGAAAACUGAAUGACACCUGCACCACUUCCAGCUUGGAUUUGAUUCCUUUCCUUGCCCAAAAACACAGGCCAAGAUGAGGCAGGUGCUGAGCAAGCUCAUGUCAGGAGGGAUACCCCAUAUGGCCCCUGCUCAGGGGUGUGUGGCUUUCCAGAGUGGACUGAGAAGUGUCUGAGUAUCCAAAGGGUUGGGCCAAAGUUCCUGAGGGAGGCAGAGAAGUAUAAACCCCUGUGUUGGCUGCCACCACUGUUUGGAGAGAUCCAUGAUGACGUAGAGCCCAAAUCUCCUUCUGGGCCAUGCACUUCUCUUUGGAGCCCCAACACACAAUCUGAUUGGCUUCAGCUGAAAUGACUCCAUAGCCUACUUGUACUAACUGAUGACAACCCCUGUGGCCGGGUCCUGACACCCAGGUUCAGGCUUGUCAAUCACUUCUCAGAUUCUGGCAGAACAAGCUGGUUAACCAUGGAUAGGCUGGAAAUCCUCACCUCUGCUUGCUCUUUUUCAGUUCCUCGAGUAUCCCAGCUCCCAGUAACUACUUCAUGUUACCAGUAUUUAAGUAGGGAGCCCACCAAAGGCAGCCUCCUGAUGCCUCACACAGCCCUCUCCCCUCCACAUGUGACUCUCCAUCAUUUCCAGAUCCACAUCUUCAAUCAUCCUGCUGGAAUCCUCUUCACCUACUGUGCAGCCUUCUUCCCUGGCUUCUGGAUGGGACUGGUUUCAUCUUCUUGCUCUUCUCUGUUCUCUACAGACAGCACAGGAUCCUGAUCCUUAAGUCUAUGGACCAAUUUAAUGACUAAAAGGAAAGCACUCUCUCUGUGCCCCUGAUGGAGUAAUCCUGUAGAAGGGUUGUAGAUUGUUAGUUUCUUCUUUCCUUCCUUCCUUCCCCUCCAAAGAGCUACCAGGAGACUCUUCUAUCCCUUUGUCCUUUCUUAGUAUAUAGAGUUUCCCACAUGUGUUAUCCUACCUAUCUCUUCCCCCUCCCUCCACUUAAUUCAGUUCAGCAAGUAAUAAGUGCUUAUUAUAUGUCCAGUGCUGGAGACACAAAGGAAAGAUGAAAGCCCCUGCCUUGAAGGAGCUAGAUGUUGUUUUAUUUUUCCCUUCUUCCUUGCUCACAGUGAGAAUAUGUAAGAAGGAUUUAUAGAUUAUAACUGCAAGGAACCUUAUGAUCCAUCUAGUCUAAUCUGCUCAUUUUACAGAUAAGGAAACUGAGACCCAAAAUAGUCAAGUGCUUUUUCUAAGGUCAUAUGCAGUUAGAAGUAACUGGCAGAGAUAGGAUUUGAACCAAGGUCUUCUAACUCCCAAGUCCUUCCCAGCCGUUAAUGAUCCAUGACAAUGACCCAGUUGGAAAACUGGAAAGCAAAACAGAAUGUGGAAGAGAGCUAAACUCCGGUCUGAAAGAAUAGCUAGGGGCAGCCCUUCCCAGGAAGGAGCUUUCCCUCCACACCCCUCAGUGGUACUUAGAAGGGAGACAGCGUCUUUGCCCCAACUCCAGUGAUACUUCCCAUAACCUCCAAUUCUCUUUCAGUGAGGUGUAUAUAUUAAUUCUGUUUAUAUAUUUUUGAGGGAGGAGGGGCCACCAGAGCACCUCUGACUCUUUCCAUUUUCCCCCUUGCUCCCAAAUGCCCUCUAUUAGUAGGUAAUGGGUUCCCUCUCUUGGAGACCUUUAAGCAAAGGCUUGAUUUUCACUUGUUGGAUAUAGUGUACUUGGAAUUUUUGUUAAGGUUAUAGGUUGAACUAGUUGCCCAUGAGUGGUCUUCCAUCUAAAGUUCUGUGCUUCUGUAUUUGAUAAUUAUCAGCAGUGUUGGUUGUACAGACCAUGGUCAGAUAUCCUCUGCUUGCUUCCAGUAGACCACAUAUGCGUGGGCUUGGGAGUCCGGGUUUGGCUUUGGGACCCAUUGAGGAAGGACUUGGAUUGUUGGUGACUAUUUCCCAUCAACCCUGUAUUUUUACUUUCCUGUACUGAUUUAUACCUGUAAUCUUGGACAGGGACUGUUUUUGUUAUUUCAUUGUAUCCCCAGCACUUAGCAUAGUGCCUGACACAUAGUGAGAACUUAAUAAGUACUUGCUGAUUGAUUUUAAAAAUCCCCUAAUUUCUACUGAGCCAGAAGAGCUCAGUAGACGAUAGUAGAAAAGGGCUUUCUUCCCUCCCAGCUGUGAAUCAUCUAGACUUGGUUCCAGCUGGGUCCCCAGAGUUGGGUGGGAGAAGGGACAAUUGUCCUGAAUCCCACCUGGCCCCCAUACGGCCAUGAAGAUGUGGCCGUCCUUUAUUUUAUGUUGUCUGUUCUUUCCAAAUCUUAGGCAAACAAGUAUCUCAUAGUGCAUGCAUCCAAGACUAGCAUUGAUCUUAUAAAUUCAAAAAGUCCGAAGAUCCUUUGAGACCUGCAAGUGUAACAGCUAUGGUGACCCCAAAGCAACAGUGACUUGAUGGCAGAAGAAGUUUCUAUAUCAGAUAAUAUAGCUACUGACAAAAGAACUGGCCCAUGUUAUCAGCAAAGGAGGGGUUAACCCAGUGCAGUUCCAGGAUGAAAUUUAAAAUGCAUUAUUUGUAGUCUUGAAAAACUGUUAUGAUGAUGCUUAAAUAUUAGCCUCCCAGGUUAUUGUAACUAUAGUUAUAAGUUAAAUUACUGGCUUCUGUUAAACUUCUUAAUUCUGUUAGUGUAUUGUGACUGUUUCAUGUUUAGCAUUUCUGUGUUAAGAAUAAACCACCUCUUCUCUUAAAAAAAA